UCGCUGCUAAUUGACUGAUUACAGCCGGGCGGAACUAUUUUCCUCGAAAACGGGUAGAAUUUGCUUGUUCAACAGUCUCAAAAUGGGUCAGUUCGUGUCUACGGCCCUUACAGCGCUAGGUUUUUCACACCCUAGUUUUAAUGACAAUGUAUUGUUAUUCAAAAAAAUAAGCGAUCGGGCCACAACUCCGAGCCGAGGGUCAGACUUGGCGGCGGGAUACGACUUGUACAGUGCGGAAAAUGUAGUAAUUCCUAAGCAAGGGAAGGCUUUGGUAAAAACUGACAUCGCCAUAGCACUACCUGAAGGAUGUUAUGGACGAGUUGCUCCGAGAUCCAGCCUUUCCUGGAAGCAUCACAUUGAUGUUGGAGCAGGCGUUGUAGAUCGUGAUUAUCGUGGAAAUGUUGGUGUUGUACUAUUCAAUUUAUCACAGAUGGAUUAUGAAGUUCAGCAAGGUGAUCGUAUUGCUCAGCUUAUUAUUGAGAGAAUAAGCAACCCACCCCUUGUGGAGGUCAAGGAACUUGAUGACACAGCCCGUGGCACAGCUGGAUAUGGGUCAACAGGAAAAUGAAAGAGGAUCAUUGUUUCUGUUGUCUUAGCAGUUACACUGUUUUCCACCUGUUGCUUGAACUUAGUAUCCCCAACAGAAGAAUCCAUCUUUCGGCCUGAUUCGCCUCCAUUCUAUAGUUAAUCAUUUCAGCCAUACAUAUCUGAGUCAGACCCACCUCUUGCAGAGGCAUACAGAAAGAGAAAUGACCCAAAGCCAUUUGGUUUAAGGAGAAAUUGUUUAAAUUAGUCUUAGGGAAAAAAAAGAGGAUGUGUUGCCCUUGCUCUUGAGUUAUUUCAUUAAAAUACACAAGGUACACAACAUUAUUCCAACUUAUGUAAUACAUUUGUACAGUUGUCUUGUAUCUUUAAAAGGAUCAUAAUGUUA